UCCUAUUCUAUCUUAUAUAUAUAUAUAUUUUUACUCAUGUUGAAUGACGAUAGGCAAUUGAAAGACUCUACAUUAUCAGUCAUUGAUGCUUCAGGACGACAAAUUAGUUUACUUAAUGAUAAUAGACUCGAUCUUAUUGACCCUGGUUCACCUCAUUCUCACUCUUCUGAUGAACCUUCUACUACUUGGAUGCCUCCUGUUAUACAUACCAACGCCACUAUUGAUACACAACAACAACAACAACAACAACAACAACAUUCUUCAACUUCAAAACGAAAAUAUCAUUGUUCUGAACCAGGUUGUAAUAAAAGUUUUACAACAAGUGGUCAUCUUGCUAGACAUAAUCGGAUACAUACCGGUGAAAAAAACUUUCCAUGUCUUUUCCCAGGAUGUCAAUCUCGAUUUUCCCGUCAAGAUAAUAUGAUGCAACAUUAUCGUACACAUAUGUCACCAAAAUCAAGACGAACACCAAAAAGACCUUUUGAAGAUUCUCAUCCUCGUCCACGUUUACAUGCCCAUCAUCGUAUUAGAUCUGAUCCUUAUCGUGUAGAUCCUCCUUUAACUAUUGAUCAACAUCUCAGCAAUUAUCAUCGAUCCUUGAUUUCUCCUGUUAGUAUCACAUCAUCAUCAACAUCAUCAGCUGCACCAGUACCACUUUCAUCUAUUGGUGAUUCUCACAUAGCAUCUAAGAUGAUACAAACACAAAGAAUAUUACAACAUCUUCCUAUUUCUCAUUCUUCUUCUUCUUCUUCUUCUACUACUACUACUACUGGUUCUCAUUCACUAUCUUCAUUUGGUACUUCUACUCCAAUAACAACUUUGGCUUUACAUUCUUCUUCUCCAUCAUCCAUGAUGAGCGGCUUUAAACCAAGUAGAAAUGGAUCACUCACACCAUCACUAUCAUCAUCACCAUCAUCAUCAUCAUCAUCAUCAAUGACAGCAACAACAUCGAUAUCAUCAGCAUCAUCACCUACAGCACAGAAUAAUGGAACUAGAAUAUCAGAAUCUACUUCUUUAUUAAGCGUCAAUCCAUCUAUCGCCACUACAUCAUCGACUACCUUUAGGAAAGAAUCAGAUUCUGUAGUUGUAGGAGACAUAUCUUCUUCAACGUCAACAUCAUCUUCGUCAUCAUCAUCGUCAUCAUCACCAUCUCGCACUACCACUACCAACAAUACUUCUACUUUGAACUCUACUCCUGCUAUUAUAUCAUCAACAUCAGUAUCACCAUCUACAUCAUCUUCUACAUCAUCAUCCUCGUCUUCUUCUGUUACUACUUCUACUACUAGUAUGCCCAUGUUUUACCAGCACCGACCCCUUGUUUAUAAGUCUUCUGAACAUACUUCGUCCUCUGGUGCUGGUCAUCAGAUUCCUUGUCAACCAUUUCCUUUUACUUUGUUACAUCCUUCACUUACUUACCCUUCCACUACUUCCUCUUCUAAUACUACCUAUUCUUCUUCUUCUUCUUCUCCUCCUCCGCCAUCAUCGACUUCCAAACCGAAGGAAAAAGACCAAAAAGAGGAUAGUUUAUUACAGUUAGCUCACAUUGUUAGUACUUUUGGAUGA